CUAAAGAACCUUUGUCUUUCCUUACCUAAGCCCACGAGGACAAACCAAGGCCACUCACGAGUCUUCUUUGCCUCUUCUUUCAUUUUGGUUCUCUCCCUCUUAUCUUUUGUUUGCAUAAUUUAGUAUAUUACAACAACAUGGGUCGCUAGUUUCUAUAUAUGUGUCAAGUUAGCUUUACCCUGUUGAGUUAAUGAUCAUCCAGGUCUUAGCUCAACUUGGUUAGGAAACUUAAUUUGGAGAUUUAGAGAGAUUGGGAAAUGGUGAGGCCAAACUCUGUUGAGAAUGGAGGGUUCAAAUUGCCUAUUGGAUACAGGUUUCAUCCAACGGAUGAAGAGCUUGUUGUUCAUUACUUGAAACGAAAGGUCCUUGGUCUUCCAAUGCCAGCUUCAGUCAUUCCUGAGUUUGAUGUUUUCCAAAAUGAUCCUUCGAGCUUGCCAGGUAAUUUGAAGGAAAAGAGGUACUUCUUUAGCCAAAAGAAGUGGAAUGACUUUGGAACAAAAUGCAAGAGAACUGCAGGCUCUGGACCUUCUGGUUACUGGAAACCUAUUGGCAAAGGCAAGCAAAUCAUAGCUUCUGACAGCAACAAAUCAGUUGGAACAAGGAAAACCCUGGUUUUCAAAGAAAGAAAGCAUUCUAUCAAGACUAGAAGUCAAUGGGUUAUGCAUGGAUAUUGCCUUGCAGGCUCGCUAACAGGCCCCAAAACGACCCAGAUGGAGGAGGUGGGAGAUUGGGUUGCCUACAGUGUAUUUCAAAGGAAGAGGAAACCUAGAAAAAACGUGGUCAUUUCCAAUCCUUCAAACAUUAACGAGACUAGAAAUGUUGAGAUCAUUAGUCCUAGUUUUAUCGAUUUUAUGAUGGAACAAAGCUCUGAUGGAGUUGGUCCUCCUUCACCAUGUUCAAGUGGAGUCACUGAGGUCUCUUCUAACGACGUAGAUCAGGAAGAAAUCAGCUCCUCCUCCAUUAGCCUUUUUUCUUAUCCUUGCAAUAGGAAGAGGACUUAGAAUUUGCUCCUAAUCAAGGAAACUUUGUAUCAGAUAACUCAGAUAGUACUGUACGUGCAACAAGCUAUAAGAAUUGCUAAAAAUUAGAAGAGAAGGCAUCCAAUUGUCCAUUGGCUUUA